CUUCCUCCAGCUAACUUUGAGGCUGUUCCAUCAGCAGACGCUAGGAGCUGUCCGCGGUGCUGAAUCCUCGGCUUCCUUUUUCUCUCUCCCCCCCUUCCUCUCCAUGUGCCGAUAGCUCACACAGCCAGCAAUCCGCUUACUGAGCGUCCAAAUUAAAGAGGGACCUCCGCAUUUCACUUGAUUAUUCUCGACGGUCUUCAGUCGGCGAAUUAUUGAGGAAGUGCGAGAGCAUCCCGCGAGCCUUUGUUUAAAGUCCUCGCCUUGCUUGUUUUUAUUCUUUUUUUGUUUUUCCUCCCCUGGAAGUAUUCUUCUUCUUCUUAACACAAGGACGUGCUCCGUAGAUACGGGAAGAGCGACCUCGACUUUAGUAGACAUGUGCGUGAAACAAGGCUGCCAAUUUCAGACCCUCUGCACGGUUUUGCUUCUCGCCGCCACCGUGGCCGAAAUCCGCGGGCAAGUUGCAAAAGACAGUAACAGCAUCAGUAAGAGGACACUGGACCUAGACAGGGACCUCUUCACACACUCAUCAAUGCAGGACACAGAAAGUGAAGUCCAUUCCAUCACUACCGUCUCACCAAUGAACAUCCCCAACCACCAGCCAGUCUUCAAGGGGCUGCUGCUUCAUGAGCAUCUUCUUACAAGGGACUUCCAGGGGGACCAGCAUUUUUUUAGGAAGGAUGGCUCUGUGGCCGCAUAUCCCACCAUGCCAGGCUCUGUGUCUGCUCCAAAUGCAGCAGACCUUGUCAGUCAACUUGUGCCCCAUGAGGAUGCUCCAGCUUUUUCAGAUAUUGCCUCUACUGCUACUGUGGCUGCCACAUCACCGCUGACUACAUUUUCCCCCACAACACCAGCACUGCCCGUGUCUAUGCCUCAAAAGAAAUCAAAGGAGAGGACCAGGGGGACAGACAAGGUCGAGCCAACAACACACUCACUUACCACCCAGGUGACACCAAAUAACAGAGGUUCAGGUGGUGAAAACAGCGGAGUACAUCCCUCAUCUUCACUAGGAAGUCAGCCUCAAAGUUUGGGUGCUUUUCCGGAAGAGGCCACCUCGGGGAAAAUGGAAAAGGGGGAAGCUAGUGAAACUGCACUAAAAAACAAAACCAGCCCUGGUCAUCAGCUCCACAAGCUCACUCCGGCUUCUUCAGAGAAAGACACCACAACAAUGUCCACGACUGUUACCACAACUACCACCAUCACCACCAUGCAAACAUCAGAGCCGUGUAGUCUGAAUUUCACUGACCCUGAGGGUAACAUUGAAAUCCUGCAGCAAGUUGACUCGGGAGUGGAGUGUAACUACUUGAUUACUGUCUACCUGGGAUAUGGCAUCGAAGUUCAGGUGCUAAAUGUGAGCGUGUUGGAAGGAGAGCAGGUGACCGUGGAGGAUACAGGAGGUCAAGAACCCUUCAUCCUUGCCAAUGAGUCGGUUUUGAUGACUGGCUUAGUGCUACGCAGCUGGAGCAACCAGAUCUCUAUCAGUUUCCGUAGUGAGAAACGCCGCAAUUCAGCAUAUCUCCUACUCCAUUACCAAGCCUUUGUGCUGAGUUGUGCAUUCCCCAAAGAGCCUGCUGGUGGAGAGGUUUCAGUGACGCACCUGCAUCCUGGCGGAGAAGCCUACUUUCAUUGUUUCACCGGAUACAAGUUACAGGGUCCAAAAAUGCUCACCUGUCGUAAUGCAACCACGCCUUACUGGAGUGGAAAAGAACCCCGAUGUGUGGCAUCCUGUGGGGGAAUGAUAAAAAAUGCCACAUAUGGCCGCAUCGUCUCUCCUGGUUUUCCUGGCAACUACAGCAACAAUCUGACCUGCCACUGGGUUCUGGAGGCACCUGAAGGCCACCGGCUUCACGUUCACUUUGAGAAGGUGGCUUUGGCAGAGGAUGAUGACAGGUUGCUAAUAAAAAAUGGCAACAACAUAGACUCUCCCCCUGUGUACGACUCCUAUGAAGUUGAAUACUUGCCCAAUGAGGGAGUGCUCAGUACCGGACGUUAUCUGUUUGUGGAGUUCACCACAGACGGGACGAUGACCUCCACCGGCGCAGCCAUAAGAUACGAAGCUUUUGCGAAAGGGAUGUGCUACGAGCCCUUUGUGAAGUACGGAAACUUCAGCAGCAGCGAUUCCACCUACAGUGUGGGCGCAGUGGUCGAAUUCUCAUGUGACCCUGGCUACACACUGGAGCAAGGCUCUGUGGUGAUUGAGUGUGUGGAUGCACAAAACCCUCAGUGGAAUGAGACCGAGCCAGCUUGUAGGGCUGUGUGCAGCGGGGAGAUCACAGACUCUGCUGGUGUUGUGUUGUCUCCUAAUUGGCCCGAGGCUUACGACAAGGGGCAGGACUGCAUCUGGGGUAUCCAUGUGGAAGAGGACAAGCGGAUCAUGCUUGACAUCCAAGUUCUCCAUUUGGGAAAGAAUGACCUGCUGACCUUCUAUGAUGGUGAUGACCUGACUGCCAACAUCCUGGGCCAAUACAGUGGCACGCGACCACAUUUCAAGCUCUAUACCUCCAUGGCUGAUGUCACUAUUCAGUUUCAGUCUGAUCCUGCCACUAACAUCUACGGCUACAACAAUGGCUUUGUGGUUCACUUCUUUGAGGUGCCAAGGAAUGACACCUGCUCAGAGCUGCCGGAGAUCACCAACGGCUGGAAGAGCAUGUCGCAUCCUGAUCUCAUACACGGCACUGUGGUCACCUACCAGUGCUACCCAGGAUACACACUUGUUGGCUCUGAGAUCCUCAUGUGCCAGUGGGAUCUCAGUUGGAGCGGUGAUGUGCCAAAAUGCGAGGAAGUGAUGACAUGCCAGGACCCCGGGAAUGUGCAGCACAGUCGUAAAGUGAUCACUGGCAGUCGCUUUGCUGUUGGAUCGACCGUACAGUUCAUCUGUAACAAAGGCUACAUUCUGUCAGGCUCCAGCCUUCUAACCUGCUACAACCGUGAUUCAGCUAUGCCCAAGUGGAGCGAGAGACUGCCCAAGUGUGUCCCUGAAAAGUAUGAGCCAUGCAGGAACCCCGGUGCAGCUUCCACCAGCAUGCAGAGCUCUGAAAAGGCUUUUUAUCAAGCAGGAGAGAUGCUGACUUUCUCCUGUCACCCCGGCUAUGAGCUGCAGGGUUAUGCCACCAUAUACUGUGUUCCUGGACACCCGUCACAGUGGAAUAGCACUCCUCCUGCCUGCAGAGCGUCCUCGUCACAUUAUGUAAAUGAACGCAGACUAGAUGUUGUUAAUACAAAUUAUGGCACAGAAGGAACCAACAUUGCCCUUGCAGUAUUUAUUCCAACUGCAGUCAUCUUGGUGAUUGUCCUUGGGAUUUACAUCUACUUUGCAAAACUUCAGGGGAAGUCUAUUAGAAUGCCAAUGUCCUCUCCACCGUAUGACAACAUGACAGAAGAGUCAGCUUUCGACAACCCCAUAUAUGAGAGUGGAGUAAGUACAGAUGUCAUGAGCAUGCAAGACGUGGAUUCACAGAACACCAGCGUGCUGUCCUGAUCUUUUCCCAUCCGGCUGUCAUCCCAUCGUCAUCUCAUGCGUCACCAGCAGAGGGCGCCCUCACACCUCAUCUUUCGUCAUCAUGUCACUCAUCACUGAGAGCUAGUGGUCUGAGAGAGUGGUCUCUGUGAGAAACAACAUUUUUCCUCACCUUACUCUAAUAUCACAUCUCAUUUGCAUCCUGGAUUUCCAUUCUCCAUCCUCUCAGAGAAGUGAGAGUGUUAUGUUAGAGCUCAUAGUGGUAACUUUUACCCAUGUUAUAUACAACUUUUCCCUAAAAGUUGUGGUGCUGUGUAACGCUGAUUUGGGGGCAACAGCAGACUAAAUACAAAAACAAAUGAAAUUUUUUUAAAAUAAGAGUGUUUUAGCAAGAUUAAGAAAUGCUUCAAUGUGAGAGACAGGAUAGAUAAAGAACAUUUAAGCGUAAUUUACCAACAUGUAUUUCCAAUACUGCAUAAUAAUAUAGAUUCAGAAAAUCCAAAGAAAUGUCUGUAAAAGGACAAGGAUCAUGCAAUCGUCAAGCACCCAAAAAGCACUGCUUUAAAAAUGAUUCUGUAACAGAAAUCCAUUCACACGUUCAGGAACACUUUUAAGAGCCAUUAUUGUUGCUGCAUCUACAAAUCUAACACCACAGCACAAAGGAGGCCUUUAAUUUUCAACACUUUACAUGUUGCCUCUGUACAGGUUUCAUUUAAAUAUGGCUUUUAAAAUUAUUUGGAAAUCACUCUGUUUUGUUUUGAUUUACAUUUUACACAGCAUCACAAUUUCUUUUGGAAAUUAUAUAGUUGUAUGUUUAUCAUGCUAUAUGCUGCAGUCCCCGUGUGUGUAUAAAGGUACAGUUUGCUCUAAAAUCUAUGCAAAUGAAAUCUAGCAAAUGAACUUUUGCUCUGACGUUAAUUAGCCUUAAACUAGCAUAUACUUAUAAAGUGUACUUUCACCUUUGUAGUGAGAAGAACCUAGAAUUGCAUAAAUGGCUAUUUUCAUUUAAAAGGGAUAUUUAGUUAUUAUUUAGUUUUUAUAAAUUUUCUCAGUCUUCUUAUGAGUAUAGUUACCAGCUGAUUCAUAAGUCAAAAGGUACACAAGGCACAUAAUAUAUGCAUAGGCUGUUGUGACAAUAGUAAUUCUAUUUUCUCCUCUUUGCUCCUUCAGCACUGGCAGACUCAUUCUAGAUACUAAAUCCUGUCAUUAUGUCCAGUUUGGCUGUACUGCAGAACAACUAUGAGGUGAGGUCUCCUGAUUCUGAGAUCGCAUCUUACUCCAGUACUCCGACCGUUCAACGAUCUGUUUUUGACUUUAUCUCGAUCCUGCCACUUACUCACUUUUGUCUGAAGAAUUUUUUUUUCUCUUAAGAACCACUGGUUGGUGAGAAUUUUGAAAGACAUUGUAGGUCUGUCAUGAAAUAUGUAACAUAUUGAGAAUGAAAUGCUAAAUCAUGUUUGUCUAUACCUAAAUAAUGGAUAACAGAUAGGCUACUUAAUAAAAAAGAAAUAUCCCCUUGAAGAUGCUUUGUCUAUCACUGCAUUUCAGUGAAGUUCACAAUGUUGUGCUGUUAUUGAACAACAAUUUUACGUGUGGCUAUAACAUCUAUGUAUUUCAUAUGCAGACUUGUCAAACUUCUUUUUAGUAUUGUCUUUUUCAGCACCCUGCUUUACUGUUUAUAAGUGAAAAUUGUUUACUCACUUUCAUCAGAAGAAAAGAUAAAAUGACCAUAAGCUGAUGAUAGACUUUUUUUUUGGUAAAAGCUUUAGCAGUGGUAUUUGAAAAAAAAUGUAAUGGCAAUCCGUAACUGCCCAGCUAACAAACAUUUCACAGGCUUUUGUUUUUUUGCUGUAUCAUUGCCGUUGCAGCCUGUAUUUUCCUAUGUUCAGUUUAAUAAAAAUGUCCAGGACUGAUCACCAACACUUUAUAAUAAAUCAUCCAACUACUUGC